CGUGAAACUGUUCUCAAAAUCAGAAACUAAAUCCAAUUGAUCUCGCAUUGUCAUACAAUCAAGAAGAACUUAUGCAAAUGGAACCUAGUAAAGAAAGGAUAUACAUAGGAGGGCUAAAUCCGCCUCGGCUUUCAGCAAGGGAUAUCUUUCGACGCCUGAAAUCCAUUAACCAAAUCGAAAUCGAAUCUGCAUCGAUUGUAGACAAGGGUGUGAACGGCGACAGCAGCGACGAAGACGAAGGCACGAGACCUUAUUUGCACAUUACUGCUUCGUCAAAACACGAUUCCGAUUCGGCACUCUCAAUCAUUUCCAAGCAGUAUCACAACGUGAAAUGGAAAGGAUGCAAGCUUAUUGUGGAAAAAGCAAAACCACACUUUUUAGAUAGACUCGAGGAAGAACGACGGCAACGCCGAGAAAGGACAACGGGAGAAAGAGCAAAUGAAAUCAGAGACUCUAUUGAGGUGAAAGAACAACCUGAGGAAUCAGAAGGUAUACCAAGUCGGAUUCCACGACGCUUGCGAGUCAGAAAGAAAUUUGGAGAUACUGCACUACACGUCGAUACCAAGCCUUGGACCGUUGAAAGUUGGUCUCGCUUUCACAAGGCUCGGGGUAAGUUACAAAAACAAGAGGAGAAACACAAGAUCAACGUAAUUGCCUACAACAGCGCCUCGAAGGACGAGCACAUUUCACAACCAGGACCGAUGAUGCAUCGGGCAGUACAUAUUCGAUUUUCGGGAGGCGAGACGGGUCUCAACGGAGGAAUUGGUUCCAACAAAAAAGACAACAACGAAUCCAGAAUGGUGAUUUCUAGUAGCGCAUCUUCAUCAGAUUCUUCUACGAGUGAUAGUGAUAGUGAUACGGAGGCGUCAAAUGAAUCCAUUAAUAAGAAGGAACAAUCCGAGCGAUACACAUGGUCGGAAGAAGAUAGCGAUAGUAGUCAUUCGGAAGAAGAGAUGGAACAAAAUCCAGACGACGGCAGUCAGUCAACGACAGAAAUUUUGCUCAAUCAAAAGCGCAAAGCUAGUAGUAAUGAUCAAAAAGAUGACGGGAAGUACCAGUGGAGCACAGAAGAAGAGUCUAGCGAUGAUGAAGAGGACGGCACGAAUAGGUGGUCUUCUACUUCACCGAGAAAUAAUGAACCACUGAGGGCUGUGCAUGGCACCGAUGAAUUCGCAGCAGGCUUCGAGGAUACAUCUUCCUUCGAUAGAUAUGAGAACGAUGACAACUUUGAAGGUUACGACCAUGGGAAAAGUGGCAAUCUCGAAUCUGAUUUGACCGGUGAUGUGACAAGCAAUUUGAAUAUUUUAUCUAGUAUCUUUCCUGAUAUGGUGGAUGCUAAACCAAUCAAUCCUAACAAUGGAGAUGUCACAAAGUCAACAAUGGGUAGUACUGAAUCCUCUAAUGUACCCCAAAGUAAGAACACGACCGCGUACGGAAUCAUGCCACGCUUCGAUCCAACCGCGAAAUCCAGUAAGCAAUUUGAAGUAGAGGAAGAACCCGAAGAGGAAGAACCGAACAGCGGAGACGAAGAGAGUGCCUCAGAAACUCGUUCCUCUAUUGAAGACGCUGAUCUUUCGGACAACAAAGAGAACUCGAAUCAUACUGGUGACAUCAGAGAGAACGAUUCCGGUGCGGAGGUUUCGCCAGCUCCUGAUAUUUAUGAACAAGAAAAGCUAGAAAAUGUCUUUCGGGAUGCACGAGAUGCAUGGGGGACAGAGGACACGGGCGCUGCAGCACCGAGAGAUACCUCUGCAACUGAUGAAGAUCCAGACAAGUCUUCAGGAAAGAGUUCCUUUAGUUUUGGAUUCAAUUUGGACGACAAUGAUGCGUCUAAGAAACAGAAGUCGAAGUCAGCAACUGAGGCGUUCAGUUUCUCAUUCAGUAUUCCUGAGCAAGAUCAAGCUACAGAACACGACAAACCAAACACAAUACAGAAGGAAGAUGACGAACACAUGGAAACCGCAACACAAUGCGAUGAAGAGAGAGAUUCCAAAAAUGUUAAUGACAAGGUUGAUAUGAUCACAACGGAUGAGAAUGUUGCAACACGCCUGAAAGGUUUGACGCUACCUGAGGGAGAUCUCAAAACUUAUGUGGACAACUUUUUCGCCUUGAACGAUGGAGCCCGGAUCAUGAAAGACCCUGAAGGAUUCCGUCGUGAUGAAAAGGAGAAAACAGAAUGGAAUAGGGAGCGACAGACCCUAACACUAGACUGGAAACGAAAGAGGAAAUAUGCUGUCACAAGAAUCCAGAAAAGGAUGAAAACUCGGAGAUGAUAACUAAUAUUUUCGUUCAUUUUGAAUUCCCUCAUAAUUUUCAGCA